AUGCUCGAUUUUGGGUAUUAUUUUUCUUCAUCCGAUUUGUUGUAUAUUGGGAUUGCAAUUGAUGUGUGUGAAUUAGCCGUAAAUGGAAGAAGGAAGGAGGGAGAGAGAAAGAUCUGGGAAGCUUCAAAUUCAUCCAUUGACAACUUCCUUCAAUGCAUUCCGUCUCAGUCGAAUUCAUCACAUCCAAUCUCUAACGCCAUCUACACCCCUACUAACUCUUCGUUCAUAAAUGUUCUUCAAAAUUACAUACGGUUAGAGACGAUAUGGAAAAAAAUGAUUCAAGUACAAUCGGAUAAUAUUCUGCUGAUGCAAUGGAAUCCUUAUGGUGGGAGGAUGAGCGAGAUUCCUGAGGAUGCAACGGCAUUCCCUCAUCGAGCAGGAAACCUCUUUAAGAUACAAUACCUUACACUAUGGCAAAAUCAUAGUGUUGAGGCUACAAAUAAGAAUAUCCAAGCUACUCGAGACCUUCAUACUACAUUUACUCCUUUUGUGUCCAACAACCCAAGGGAAACAUUCUUAAAUUAUAGGGACAUUGACAUAGGCACCAACAUCAAUGGGACCUUAGAUUUUGCUAUGGACUUUUUUAAGAACAAUGUCAAGAGAUUAUUGCAAGUUAAAGCCAAGGUCGAUCCCACCAAUUUCUUCAGGUAUGAACAGAGUAUACCAAUUUCCUAA